AUGGUUACCAGCAAAGUCGAUCCAAGAAGCCAUGUUAAUAUUCUUGAUCCCUUGCUGAAGCAACUGAGGAAAGGGACAGGCAUCCUAUUUCUAAAGCGGUUAACCAUUGUCCUAGACGAAGACAGCGAAAAGGGAAAUGGUCUUUCAACUGGCAACACUUCACUCUUCACUUCUUACGACAUCCUAUCCCUCCACCCAACAACCCAAGCCUCACUAGCAAGCGCCUGCCUAACUCACACGCAACCUUCCCCUUUGACGACGCACAUCAUAUCCCUUCCGCUCACUUCUCCGCGUCUCCCCUUUCGUUUGAAACACACGCUGGUACGCACUGCCAUUAAGAACGGUGCGGUGUUUGAGAUAGACUACGCCGGGGCCUUGGGUGGAGGAGGUACAGGAGGAUUAGGAGAAGAUUGCCGGAGGAAUUGGUGGGCUGCUGCGCGUGAACUUGCACGCGUUACGAAGGGAAAGGGUCUGAUUGUGAGUGGAGGCGUGGAUGACGGGCAGUACCUCCGUGCACCUAGGGAUGUUGCGAACCUGAUCACACUCCUCGGACUUGCUCAGAAUUUUGCACACGAUGCAGCAACUACUACACCUAAAUCAUUACUGUUACGCGCUCAAACUCGAAAAACGUAUCGAGCAGUACUAUCAGAGCCAACACUCAUAAUGCCAAUGAAUCAACAGCAAUCGUCAUCGGUUGACAAUCAAGACUCCGGUGUAUCAUCUAAACCCACGGCCGUUCCAUCUCUAUCAGCGGAUGCCGAUAUCGUACCUCAACAAAACAGCAGCAAUGCGGACAUCAAACAACAAGAGGCGGUCCUCCUUCCAACAGACACUCCGGACGAACUUGAGCUCGAAAAGGCUUCUUCCGAGAACAAACCACCCACCAAAGCCAACGGAGCGAAGCGCCCAUUCGAAGCUUUAGGAGAAGAGCCGCCGACGAAAGCAAAUGAGAUAUCGGGGGACGUCGUAGGGCAUAGGCAUAAGAAAAAGAAGAAGCGGGCGAAAGCGGCCGCCGGGAUAAAUACAUCAUGA